AUGAGUCGACCGGAGUACGAGGCGCCAGCCGACGUGUUCUACAAUGCACUCGAGGCAAAAAAGUAUGCCCGCAGCUCGCGCAUGCAGGCGAUUCAAACGCAGCUGACAGAUCGCGCUCUCGAACUGCUUCUCCUCCCUGUAGCGGCUGAGGGAAGUGGAGAGACACAACCAUCCCUUCUUCUGGACCUUGGAUUCGGAAGUGGCAUCAGUGGAGCCCGCCUGGCGGAGAAAGGCCAUUUUGUGGUGGGAGUGGAUAUCUCCAAGUGCAUGCUCGAUGAGGCUGUCGACGCCGGAAACACCGAGGAGAAUGCGGACGCUAUUUUGGGAGAUCUCGGAAGUCCUCUCCGUUUCAGACCAGGUGUUUUUGAUGGAGCAAUUAGCAUUUCUGCUCUCCAGUGGCUGUGUAGUGCGAUUCGGACUGAAAGUCACAUCGCCAGUGAGGCGGCGGCAUCGAAUGCCGGCAACGGAGAAGAAGAUGAAGACAUGGACAGCUGUGAGGCAGAGGAUGGAAGACAGAACCGAUCGUCUUCUCUCAAGAGUCAACUAGGAGAAUCCGAACAGGCCUCAAUGGGCGAUGACGCGUCUGCGUCCUCUGACGGAGCGAUGUCAUCGGACAACGACUCGGAUUCUCCAACUUCGUCGCGCACUCUGGUUGCGCCUUCUCAAAUCGGAGACGCGAAAACAAAUGCGCCUUACAAGCGCCUACGAUGCCUCUUUCAGUGGCUGUUUGCGAGCCUGAAGACAGGCGGACGAGCAGUUCUCCAGUUUUACCCUGACUCGCCGCAGCAGGUCGAGAUGGUCACGUCAGCGGCACUGAGGAGCGGCUUUGGCGGAGGUAUCGUGGUGGAUUAUCCGAAUUCAACGAAGGCGAAGAAGUACUUCUUGGUUCUAUGGGUAGGCGGGAGUCACUUGCCAGGCCAGCAGCAACAGCUACAACAACUUCAGGCGGCAGCCUUGGGAGCAGAUGGGCCGAGCCAAAUCGAAUCUACUCGGAGAGAGAGACAAAAGCAACCUCGGCGAGGAAAGAGUAGCAAAGCCACAGUCAGUCGCCGUGAAUGGAUCGAGAAGAAGAAGGAGAGACAGCGUCUUCAGGGAAAGAAGGUCCGCCACCAGAGCAAGUACACAGGAAGGAAGCGGAAAGACAAGUUCUAAAGAGCACGGAUGCCGCUCCGUUUGGCGCACUUUUGAAAUUUACAUUUGUUUUUGCUUUUCCUGCAACUCUCGAAUGAUCCUGUGUCAUUUAU